AUGUGGAAGGUGACUGUCCUGUUGGUCCUGCUGGUGCUCUGCCCUGGUGGGGACGGGCUGUUCCGCUCCUUAUACAGUAAUGCCCUGGUUUCCCUGCCGAAUAAGGGAGAUGCAGGGCAGCCGUUACUUCUCAGUCCCUAUGUUGAAGCUGGGAAAUUCAAACAAGGGAGACAAUUAAGUGCGGUGGCUCCUUUCCCAGGACAGAAUGCGGAGAGCUACGCCGGCUUCCUCACUGUGAACAGCACUUACAACAGCAACCUCUUCUUCUGGUUCUUCCCAGCCCUGGUAGAUCCAGAGAGUGCUCCAGUGGUUCUAUGGCUGCAGGGCGGGCCGGGAGGCUCAUCCAUGUUUGGACUCUUUGUGGAACAUGGACCUUUUUUUGUCACAAAGAACCUGACCUUGCGUGCCCGAGACUUUCCUUGGACCAACACCCUGUCCAUGCUCUACAUCGAUAAUCCAGUGGGCACAGGUUUCAGCUUUACUGAUGACCCCCAGGGAUAUGCAGUCACCGAGGAUGAUGUGGCGCAAGACUUAUUCAGCGCCCUGAUCCAGUUCUUCCAAUUGUUCCCUGAAUACCAAGAGAAUGACUUCUAUGCCACUGGAGAGUCUUAUGCAGGCAAGUAUGUGCCGGCCAUCGCACACUACAUCCACAUGCUCAACCCCAUCCUGUCGGUGAAGAUCAACCUGAAAGGAAUCGCUAUUGGAGAUGCAUAUUCCGAUCCUGAAUCAAUCAUAGGCGGCUAUGCAUCAUUCCUGUUCCACAUUGGCUUGCUGGAUGAGAGGCAGAGAAAGUACUUCCAGAAGCAGAGCAAGAAGUGCAUGAAAUACAUCAAGGAGGAGAAGUGGCUUCAAGCCUUUGAAGUGAUGGAUGAACUACUAGAUGGUGACUUAACAGACUCUUCUUACUUCCAGAAUGUUACAGGAUGUUCUAACUACUAUAACAUUCUACAGUGCACGGAACCCAAGGACCAAAGUUACUAUGGGCAAUUCUUGUCCCUCUCAGAAGUGAGACGAGCCAUCCAUGUAGGGAACCGGACUUUUAAUGAUGGAUCCAAAGUUGAAAAGUACUUGCGAGAAGACACAAUGAAGUCAGUCAAGCCAUGGUUAACUGAAAUCAUGAAUCACUACAAGGUGCUCAUCUACAACGGCCAGCUGGACAUCAUCGUGGCAGCUGCCCUGACAGAGCGCUCCCUGAUGGCCAUGAGCUGGAAAGGAUCUCGGGAAUACAAGAAGGCAGAAAGAAAAAUUUGGAAGAUCUUUAAGUCUGAUAAGGAAGUGGCUGGUUACGUGCGGCAAGUGGGUAACUUCCAUCAGGUCAUUGUUCGAGGUGGAGGACACAUUUUACCCUAUGACCAGCCUCUGAGAGCUUUCGACAUGAUCAAUCGAUUCAUUUUUGAUAAAGGGUGGGAUCCUUAUUGA